GGGCUGAAAUACAAUCCACUGAGCAUCUAAUGAAGAGAGAGACAGGGAGUAAAAAAAGGAUACACGCACUUGCUAGCUAAAAGGAAAGUUCUAUAGGAAACACGUUUGGGAAGAGACUGCUUGCUGCUGGAAAGCUCUGGUAGGCCGACCUGAAGCACAUCAGUAGCAUAGCACCAAGUCUUCUCCUGCCAUGAUUCAAGACCAGUAUCUUAUUGAAUGUCCAAUCGACUCUGAUCAUGACCAAAUAUAUUUGCAAAACCCUCCAAAUACAAAGGUCUACAUCGAAGUGCCCCCCAGACAAGAUAUACGGGAUCCUCGGGGUAUCAACAAGCAUCUGAAGGUGGAUUUCUCUGAUGUACUGGCUGAACCAGCAUCAUUUCACAGUUUUGAUAAGGUAUGGACCUGGAGUGACAUCCUGUUUGAAUCAUCCAAGUUGUGGUGCUACCGCAUUAUAUCCCUGCUGUGUGCCGUGCCAGUGUCUCUGCUCUCAGGAAUCCUUUUUGCACUUCUAGGCUGCCUACACAUAUGGUGUGCCAUGCCAUGUAUACAGCUUUGCAAUAUCUGCAUGCCCCCUAUCCGGAGCCUGUGGGCAAGUGUGUUAGACAUAUUCAUCGCUCCUAUCUGUUCCAGCAUUGGCCGCUGCUGCAGUUCUAUUUAUGUGAAUGUUGCCAAGCAAAGACUAUAGCAGGGUUGAGACUGGCUGGUCAACAUAUGGGACACAAGGAAAAAGUUUUUUAAAAUAAAUGUGCUACCUGCAAAGCAAUCUCUUGCAGUCAGAAACAAAAUAAAACAUCCAAAUUGAUAUAUGCUAGGGACACGGGGGUGGUGGGCAACUUGCAGUGAUCAGCUUUAUUCAUCCCAGUCUUUGUGACACUUUUGUUUUUCACGUAUAAUUCAAUAAUUGACAGUUGUUGGACUUUAUUGUAUAAUGUUAUCCCCUCAGCAUUGACUUUGUUGUAAUACAUUCCCUGUGUAGCCUCCCAUGUUUUGCAAAUGUUUCUUCUGCAAAUGUUGUUGUACUGAUUGUUACAAGGGGAUUUCUGCAGCUGUUUUGUUCUAGUAUCCAUGUUGCUGCUAACUCAAAUAAAACAUUUUUAAAUCCUGA